GUAGUCAGCCUGCACUGCGGUGGCCUUAGGUUUAGAGUGAAAGUGAGAGACAGAGAUACUACAAUUCCUAUACCUGUACCAAGACCAGCAUCUGAAGCAAGGUGAUAAAGAGAAUGUCAGAGUCCUGUGGUGCUGUGUCCCUGUCACAGUCUCAGUCACUGCCAGGUGUAGCAGGGGGCUCAGCAAUGGACAUGGAUCCUGUGGAGUUCACCCUGCGCAAACGGCUGCCCAGGAAGCUGCCUCGACGCCGUAACGAUGUCUACGUUAACAUGAAAACAGACUUCCGUGCCCAGCUGGCACGCUGCCAGAAGCUCUUGGAUUCAGCUGGACCAGGCCCCAGAGAGAUCUGUAUUCAUGGACUGGGGCUAGCGAUCAGUCGGGCCAUAAAUAUUGCUUUGCAGCUUCAGGCAUGCAGCCAGGGGGCGCUGCAGCUGGCUGCCAAUACCUCCACUGUAGAGCUUGUGGAUGACCUGGAGCCUGAGGACCCUGAUGAAGGGGAGACGUUAACUCGCACUCGUAACAACUCUGCCAUCCACAUCAAGGUGUUCUACCCACAGUGAGUUUGCUGGCUGGUAUUAUUCUGGAGACUGCUUGGGCCUGUCUGACCUCAGACUGAUAAACCUUUACUGCAAAUAUGAAUACACCAAGAAGAGUCCCAAUGCAAAUUCUUCUGGAUGGACAGCAGUUGUCUGUCAAUAAGUAAUAAACAGGUGAAAUGUGGCGUUAUGUGGAAUUGUCACACUGGCAUUGCAUGCCCUUUACUGUUUGACAUGUAAGAUGUGAAGUCUUAAUUUUUCUCAUUGAUCUUUGUUAGAUGUUGCAUGCUUGAGAGAGUGAUUGUAACACAGUGAAGUUUUUGAAUGUUUAUGGGAUUUUUAACUUUAGGAGCAGUUUAAUGUUUUCUCUGUUUAUUUUUAACCAGAAAGUUGCAACUGGUUUGUAGACAAGAGACUGUUUUUCAGGGUUUAACUAAUUUAGCUUCAUGAAAAUUUCACCCUAGCCCCCUUAGAUGCAGUUUAAUAUAUAAUGAGCCAUAAAUGCAUGCAUGUUGAUGCAGAGUAUGGAUUUUAGUGUUUGAAAAUUUAAUCAGUCUAGGUAGCUAAAUUUUAUUGGUGUUUAUUUAGCUUUCAUAGAUCCUGUCUUUAAUAAAAUUAACAGGUCAAUACCAACACUAAUGAGAAGCUUUUUCCUGGGAUGUAUUUUUUUUUUAUGUUUUGAUGGGGUGAUAGGUGUGGCUUUGCAAGAAGUACAUUAAUAAAGUGUAAGUGAAUUCUU